AUGGUGUUGGCACAGUUAGGCGGGAGCAUAUCCCGUGCGAUCCAGCAGAUGAGCAAUGCCACAAUAAUCGACGAGAAGGCGCUGAACGAGUGCCUGAAUGAGAUAACCCGCGCUCUUCUCCAGGCUGAUGUCCAGUUCAAGCUCGUCCGCGACAUGCAGAGUAACAUUAAGAAGAUUGUCAACCUCGAAGAUCUCGCUGCCGGCCACAACAAGCGCAAGAUCAUCCAGCAGGCAAUAUUCAAUGAACUCUGCAAAAUGUUGGAUCCUGGGAAGCCCUCUUUCACUCCUAAGAAAGGGAAAACAAGUGUAGUCAUGUUUGUAGGUUUACAAGGAUCUGGGAAAACCACAACAUGUACAAAGUAUGCUUACUAUCAUCAGAAAAAAGGUUGGAAACCAGCAUUAGUGUGCGCUGAUACCUUCCGAGCUGGUGCUUUUGAUCAGCUGAAGCAGAAUGCCACCAAAGCCAAAAUUCCUUUCUAUGGAAGCUACAUGGAAUCCGAUCCAGUGAAAAUUGCUGUGGAAGGUGUGGAAAGAUUUAAAGAGGAAAAUUGUGAUCUUAUAAUUGUCGACACUAGUGGACGCCAUAAACAGGAGGCUGCUCUUUUUGAGGAAAUGCGUCAAGUUUCUGAAGCAACGAAACCAGACCUUGUUAUAUUUGUCAUGGAUAGCAGCAUAGGUCAAGCUGCAUUUGACCAAGCUCAAGCAUUCAAGCAAAGUGUUGCGGUUGGAGCUGUGAUUGUUACCAAAAUGGAUGGUCAUGCAAAGGGUGGUGGUGCACUUAGUGCUGUUGCUGCCACAAAGAGUCCUGUCAUUUUUAUUGGGACUGGAGAACAUAUGGAUGAGUUUGAAAUUUUUGAUGUUAAACCUUUUGUGAGUCGACUAUUGGGCAUGGGUGACUGGUCAGGAUUUAUGGACAAAAUUCAUGAAGUUGUUCCCAUGGACCAGCAGCCUGAGCUCAUGCAGAAACUUGCUGAAGGAACCUUUACUUUACGAAUUAUGUACGAGCAAUUUCAGAAUAUACUUAAGAUGGGUCCAAUUGGCCAGGUAUUCUCAAUGCUACCAGGAUUUAGUUCUGAAUUAAUGCCGAAAGGCAGCGAGAAGGAAAGCCAGUCCAAGCUUAAGCGAUACAUGACAAUGAUGGAUUCAAUGACUGAUGCUGAGUUGGAUAGUACAAAUCCAAAGAUCAUGAAUGAGUCUCGAAUUAUGCGCAUAGCACGGGGUUCUGGCCACCAGUUAAGGCAAGUAAUGGAUCUCUUGGAAGAAUAUAAGCGUCUUGCCAAGAUCUGGAGCAAAAUGAAGGGAGGAUUUAAGAUGUCAAAGAAGGGUGACAUGAACAUGAAUGCCCUGUCCCGAAAUAUGAAUGCACAGCACAUGAGCAAAGUCCUUCCUCCAAACUUAGUGAAGCAAAUCGGUGGUGUUGGGGCCUUACAAAAUUUGAUGAAGCAGAUGGGUUCUAGCAAAGAUAUGAUGGGCAUGUUUGGUGGUGGGGACAAAUGAAGUCGAGUACAGCAGCAGCCAUGGUUGGAUGUAACCUCAACUUAAACAUUGGAUCGGCAUAUAAAAGUUGAAGCCAUGAACAGUAUGCAAGAUCUUUUAUAGGCCAAUGCACAAACAUAUAAAGUGGACUCUUCAAUUGCUGUAACUCUUUAGGUGGAGAAAAGCAGCAAAAUUUCGACAGUUGAGAUGAGUUUCUGGUGGUUAAUAAUAUUUUCAUUGUUACUUGGUUUUCCAUUUGGACAUAUUAACCGGAGGGAGGGAGGGUUGUAGGGUUCAAGUUUGAAGAAUGUCGUGCAAUUGACUCGGGGCUAACUUUGCAUCUUAUGAAACAGGGUUUGGUGGUGACAUAUCAUUGCAUGAAAGGGUUGCUUUGGAGCUUAUGCUAAGCCUCCUGUCCUGUAUGAUCUUUCUAAGUUUAGGUUUGUGUUUUCUUAUGGAGUCACAAAGAAGGUAUGAGUGUGCUAGCUACUGUUGUAUUUUUCUGCUGAUAUUGUGACUAAAUAUAGAUAUAUAUAGAGUGGUCCCUUAAUCCCUGCAUAAUGUUAAAACAGCAAGAAGAGAGGUUAUCCUCUCUCUCUCUUUCAUUCGUGCA